AGGAUGAACCAACGCGAGUGUUUUCUCCGCGGCCCCUUCUCCGCAGCGCCGCGUAUAAAAGAAGGUGGCGGAGAAAGCAGCCGCAUCAGUCAACCCGCUCUCAGCCUUACCCUGCUGAGCUGAUCGUCCUGUGUUCAAACAUGCGAGUUUUCGUGGUGAUGGCGAGCCUUAUGGCUCUGGCUACGGCCGAACUGGGCUACCAUGGCAACGGCUUCAGUAGCUCCUCGAGUGGAUCCAGCAGCGGCUACUCGUCCGGCGGAUUCGGAUCGACCGGCUUCUCGGGCGGCGUCGACAGCUACGCGGCUCCUCAGCCCUCGUCGGGCGGUCCCUACCCCAGCUCGGGCUACGGAGCACCCCCUCAGGCCCCCGUGAUCCACAAGCACGUGUACGUCCACGUUCCUCCCCCAGAGCCCGAGUACAUCCGGCCCCAGAAGACCUACAACGUGCCCGCCCCGCAGAAGCACUACAAGAUCGUGUUCAUCAAGGCCCCCGCCCCUCCCGUGCCCACCGCGCCCGUCAUCCCCGCCUUCCCCCAGGACGAGCAGAAGACCCUCAUCUACGUGCUGGUCAAGAAGCCCGAGGAGCAGCCCGACAUCGAGAUCCCCACGCCCGCCCCCACCAAGCCCAGCAAGCCCGAGGUCUACUUCAUCCGCUACAAGACCCAGAAGGAACAGGGCGCCAAGUACGGACCCCCGGCCGUCGCUCCCCCCUCCACCUACGGAGCCCCCUCGGGACCCUCCAUCCCCGACACCACCUACAGAGGCCCCCUGCCCAGCACUGGACCCUCCUCCAGCUACGGACCCCCCCAGUAAGCAGCAGCCCCACUGUCCCCGGCCGCCAGAAAGGACCGCUCGAGCCCCUUGUAAAUAUUCGGCGCCCUUUCGACUCCACCGGUCGGGGAGUGCAUUUUUUUCUAGUUGCAAACCGAAGCCAUCACCCCUUUAACUCGCUCCUCACGGCAGCGACUAAUUUUUUUGAAUCGAAUUCGACCCCACUUGCAGCAGCAGCAUUGUUUUAGGUAUUUUUUUUUUUUGCGAUUGUCAUGCGCACGAGAAUGUUGUAGUUCUUAAGGCUUUCAUGACUUCCCGAAUCGUGUAUCAACAUCCUUACAUGAUAUAUUAAUGUAUAUGCGCCGGCGUUACGCAUUGCAUGUUCCGAUAUAAAGAAAAAAAACGCCACCACGUGACUCGUUUAAUUAUAAGGAUCCGUUUGUGUGUGUACAUAGAUGACAUGAGAAUAUUAUUGAACUUAAUAAUAUGAGAUGAAAAUAAAAAGGAAUUUUGUAGUAAAAAAA